AGUGGAACUGUGGUCCAACAGAGAACCACCACUGUAAAGUAUGAAGCUUGUGGUUUUUCUCACCCUGCUGUGUCUGCUGGUGGUCAAUGCUCAAGACCUCCAAGACCGCCAGUUUCAACCAUGUAAGAACAGAAACUACUGGAGUUGGUACAAAGUUGGCAGCUACUGCGUGAAGUUCUUCAACGAGCAUCUGGACUUCAAUACAGCUCGAACGAGAUGCCAGGCGACAAACACACAUGGUGAGCUUCUGAGUGUCCACAGCCCAAAUUCCAACAAUCUGGUGAUCCGUUUGUCUCACAAUGGAUACUAUGCUUAUUCCUGGCUUGGCGGAUUCCUACAGGGGGCAAGUUGGGUUUGGACGGAUGGCACUCAGUUCGAUUACAGUAACAUGGCGCGUGGUCCGGAUAGAAGUGGCCGGCAGUGUAUUGCUAUUAGAGGAAAUGGAUACUGGGUCCCAGUGAGCUGUGACAGAGAGCUGCCCUUCUUCUGCGGGUUCCGGGAACAGUAGAGGAACCAGAAGAACAGAAAACAAACUAAGUCUAGGCUUUUGCUUGCUUAUCUAUACGUGUGUUGACCCGAAUUCAGGAAUGAAAGACAAUAUUAUUGUAAAAGCAAGGCACAGUGGGAAAGGCAUUAUAAUUCAAAUUAUGCUCGCAUUGCUAAGCUAAAUUCAAAGCAUAUUCAAAAAUAAAAAAAAAAAUAU